UUUAAUGACCUAAUAAAACAUAACAGAAUAGUAGAAAUGUAUUAAAACGAGAGUGUUUUAUUCAACAGUUUUCAGUGUAUUCGAUUUUUUGUGUUUUAUUGUAUAACAGUGAACAUCAAGUACCGACAUGUCAAAUAUUAAAGUAGCAGUGGUGACAGGUGGAAAUAAAGGAAUUGGAUACGCAAUAGUCAAAGAACUAUGUGAGAAGUUCAGAGGUAUCGUGUAUUUAACAGCUCGAGAUAGCGGACGAGGACUAGCGGCUGUAGCCGAACUCAAUAAGCUGGGUUUCAAACCUGAAUUCCAUCAGUUGGACAUAACUGAUAAGAAAAGUAUCUCAACAUUUGCAGAACACGUUAAGAGUAAACAUGGAGGUAUAGAUGUUUUGGUUAAUAAUGCAGCUGUUGCACUGGAACCAACAACGUACAAAAUAGGCGAGGAAUCGUUCAGUAAACGUGCUGAGAUGACAGUGGCAGUCAACUACUUCGCCCAGGUGGACGUGUGUGAGGCGCUGUUCCCUCUUCUGCGUCCACACGCCCGAGUAGUCAACCUCUCCAGCUCUUGUGGUCUCUUGUGCAACAUUCCUUCUCCUGAACUGCGGAAGAGGUUUAAAGAUCCAAACCUCACCAUCAGUCAGCUAAACAUCCUCAUGAAAGAGUUUGUGCAGGCUGCUGCCGAGCGAAAGAACGAAGAGGUGGGUUGGGGAACAAAUGCUUAUAAUGUAUCAAAGGUGGGUUUGAGUGCGUUGACAUUCGCACAGCAGAGACAGUUUGAUACUGACCCUAGACCUGGCCUCAUCGUCAACUGUGUACACCCAGGCUAUGUGAACACAGACAUGACUGGAUACAAGGGACAUCGCACUAUAGAACAAGGUGCUGAUGCGCCAGUGUAUCUUGCCCUACUACCUGAUACCUGUGACGUUCCCAAAGGCCAAUUUGUGACGUAUAAUCGUGAUGUCGUAGUCUGGGCUACAUGAGUGAAGAGGUUGGAUGCUUUUUCCCGAUCAAAACAUUUCCAUAAAUUCUGUGUUGCCAAUAACAACUGCAUCAUCAUAAAAGUACCUAAUCAUAUUUAUUUUAAAACUAUUUCGUGUAAUUAACGUUGGAAAAACCUUUAUAUUUCGUUUUGACUCAUGUUACUGUUAAAAUACGUAUAUAUAACAUGUCCAGUAGUUUUUGUAGUAUUAACUUUUUUAAUUCAUUUCCAAACCCAACGGUAAAGUUUUUUUAAAUAAGAUUGUCCAAAGGGGCGAACAUUAAAAAGGGACUCACAUUAUCAAGAGAUUAUAGAAAAGUGAGUUAGUUGUGCGGUCAUUGUAUCCCAUACAACAAUGAUUUCCUUUACAAUAACGCAUGUAGCACACUCGAUCUUAUAACUGAUAUUCCUAAAAGUAUAGAAUGUAAUUUAUCAAACUAGUUGUACAUUUUGUAACAAACAAUACAUUGGGCAAACUUCUAAUCAUCUUAGAGUCAGAAUAACAGGGCACAGAUUGGAUAUUUGUCAUAAGGGAAAGGAGAAGCCAUUGGCCAAACAUGCUACUGAGCACAAAACAGACAAAAUAAAGAGUGUUAUGAUCUUAAAGGAUUAAUAAGGUCUUCCCAUCUCCUGAUGAAAUUUAAAUACGUUUAAAACUAAACAAUCUCGAACAAGCCCAUCAGUUAAUUCCAAAAUCUAAAUACCCAACUAGUUUAAAAUUAACAUAAAUAUGAUUUUUCCAAAUUCCUUUUGUGCCGCUAAUGAUAUAAAAACUGGGUCUUUGAAUGUUUUAGUUAAUAAUUUACAUUUUGUGGUUAUUUUCCUAUUUUUUUGUUUGUUUAUUGUUCUUGUUAUAUUCUUAUUUUAUGAUUCCAAAAGAUGUGAGUAUACAAUCCCACGAAAUAUAGAUGCUUUUUAUCUGUUAUUUUUCAUUCAUAAGUGAAAUUCCUUUAUUCGGUUUAUUAACUGUAAUAUAUACUUACAGAAGUUUUUAAGAACAAAACUCCACACACAAUUUAAAAAAAAUCAUGUUAUAUCAAUUAUAUACUGUACAUUCAUAAUAAUGACAGGUACAAGAAGUACGUAAGGCAGAUAAAAAUUAAUUAUUUGAAUACUGAGUAAAGUAAAGUAAAAUAGCUAAAUUAGCUUUUUGGGUGUCAAUAUUGGUAUAAUUAAUGAAAAUUUAAAUUUGUAUUUCUUUCCAUUUCCAAAUCGUUACAGUAGAGGUCGAAUUACGCGCGCAAAUAAACAUUUAUAUAUCAAUCUCAAAAUUUAGCGAAGUAAUAUAUAGUACCAUUUAAUAUAUUACAGCUUUAAUCAUCGCUAAGAAUUUUAAGAUAAUCGUAAUAUUUUGUUAGUUUCAGUAAAAGAAUUGUUUGGGAGAUAAGGAAACUUUAACAUAUUUUCAAUUCGGUGGGUUAAAUUUUAGUUUUGACUAAAAACGCUAAUAAUUAGUUAGUACAGAAUUCACUUUAACCAACCCAUGUAAAUCCAAGACCUAGAGGAUUUUCCAAACUGCCGGCAACUUAUUAGUUUCCUCUGCUGACCCAAUAUUAGAACUAUGAAUUAACUACUGUUACAGAUUAGGUGUUAUACUUUAUCUUUCUAGCCUUCUAUAUUACUAGUUUAAGAACUUCAAGAUUAAAAUGUAUAAAUAAAAUAAAUUAAGUAACACAUAUUUCAAAAUAUGCAUAA